CUGGUGGCCAACGUCGGGGACUACCGGCUCUUCGUGCCGUGGUGCCGCCGCUCGGCCGUGCUGUCCCGCCGCGGCCACGUGCUGCGGGCCGAGCUCGAGGUCGGCUUCCCGCCCCUCCACGAGCGGUACCUCUCCGAGGUGGCCCUGGGGCCCCGGCAGAUCCGGGCGGUGAGCAGCGACUGCCGGCUCUUCAGGCACCUGGAGACGCUGUGGCGCUUUGGGCCAGGGCUGCCGGGACGGACGGACACCUGCUCGCUGGAUUUCUCGGUCUCCUUUGAGUUCCGCUCGGCGCUGCACUCCCGGCUGGCCGGGCUCUUCCUGGACGAGGUGGCGAAGCAGAUGGUGGCCGCCUUCGAGGGCCGGGCGCGGGAGCUCUUCGGGCCACAGGCUGCCGCCCGCCCCGCGCAGCGAGCAGCGUGCCGGGCCUGAGCUCGGCCGGACCCCGCCGUCAGCCCCGCUGAGGGCCUCCCCCUAUUUAUGGCUAUUUAACCACCCCAGAGAUAAGUUAUUUUUUCUAAGCCCCGCUUCUGUUGAACGCUGUCGACACGAGGACCAAACGCCCGUGGGCCAGGCCUGUACGCGGACCGUGCGGACGCUGCUUGUAGUGCUUCGCCAAUAAAACGUGGUGCACGGA